AUCUAUCAAGCACCAAAACAACAUAUAUAUAGUUCAUACAUCAGGGCAGCCACAGAGAGAGAGAGAGAGAGAGCAAAAGAUACUAGCGAGUUCUACAGUUAAGUUCUCGAAAUGAUGCAAAGGACUGGUUUCUGCGCAAGGCCAAUGGCCACUCCCAAAGUGGAAACUGUGGUGAAGCAAGAGGCUGACAAGGCGGCGGCGGCUACUGCGGCUCCGGCGACCCCCAAACCAGCUGCUGCGGCCGCAAGCAUCAAGCAAGAGGCUAGGAAAGUUGUGGAUACUCCAGUGUACCAACGUUGCAUCGGCGGUUGAUGUCACGGCUAUGUGCAAUUGGGGGCAAAGAAACGUCUCAUAUCUAA